GCUACAAUUCCGUUCUCAGUUGUCUCUUUGCGAGUGAACUGAACAGUUCUUUUGAUAUCUUAUCCAAUUAAAGUGAUUAAGCCAAUUGAAAAAAGUGAAUAAUGUCCAAAAUCGGUAUUAACGGAUUCGGUCGCAUCGGUCGCCUGGUGCUGCGUGCUGCCGUCGAGAAAGGUGCCCAAGUUGUUGCAGUAAAUGAUCCCUUCAUCGAUGUCAACUACAUGGUUUACUUGUUCAAAUUCGAUUCGACUCAUGGUCGUUUCAAGGGCACCGUCACCGCUGACAACGGAGCGCUGGUCGUAAAUGGACAGAAAAUCACCGUGUUCAGCGAACGCGACCCUUCCAACAUUAACUGGGCUAGCGCAGGAGCUGAAUACGUCGUUGAAUCGACUGGCGUCUUCACUACUAUCGACAAGGCUUCCGCUCACUUGAAGGGUGGUGCCAAGAAGGUAAUUAUUUCGGCACCAUCUGCCGAUGCACCAAUGUUCGUGUGCGGUGUAAACUUGGACGCUUACAAGCCCGACAUGAAGGUUGUAUCUAAUGCCUCUUGCACCACCAACUGCUUGGCUCCAUUGGCUAAAGUUGUCAAUGACAAUUUCGAAAUCGUUGAGGGUUUGAUGACCACUGUGCACGCAACAACUGCCACCCAGAAGACAGUCGACGGCCCCUCAGGCAAACUGUGGCGUGAUGGACGUGGUGCCGCUCAAAACAUCAUUCCUGCUUCAACCGGUGCAGCUAAGGCUGUUGGUAAAGUUAUUCCCGAAUUGAAUGGCAAGCUGACUGGUAUGGCUUUCCGUGUCCCCACACCCAAUGUCUCAGUCGUUGACUUGACCGUGCGCUUGGGCAAACCAGCUACCUAUGAAGAGAUUAAGCAAAAGGUAAAGGAAGCCGCGGAAGGCCCAAUGAAGGGUAUCUUAGACUACACCGAUGAGGAAGUAGUGUCUACCGAUUUCGUCAGUAGCACACACUCUUCCGUUUUCGACGCCAAGGCUGGUAUCCCACUGAAUGACAAAUUCGUGAAGUUGAUCUCAUGGUACGAUAACGAAUAUGGCUACUCCAACCGUGUCAUCGAUCUGAUCAAGUACAUGCAGACCAAGGAUUAAUUUGGAUAAGGGAACAACGUAAAACAGUAGUGCCCGUAUGGAUUUAAAAAAUUAAUAACUUUAAACAAGAGUAGCAUUGAAUCCAGAAGACGGAACUAUAGACAGAAAAGAAACUACAACAAUAGGUAGAGAAACUUCACAAAAAUUGCUGCUUCAAUGAGUACUAUUAUGGAAAUAAAAUAAUAUACAUAUGUAUGUUUAUAAAAACUUAUCAUCAAAUUAUCUAAAGAUACAGCUGAAAAUGACAUAAUAAAUGACUCGUUAAGUAAAAAGUUAAGAA